GAUUCGUAGUUCAUUUCAUCGUCCACUCAUCCUCAACAGACAGACAAUAAUAAAUACAAAGAAGAAAACUCUGACGCAAGAGGAAGCAGAAGUGAUGGUUCUCCUUUGUUUCCUGCUGGAUCUUCGAAGCUUAUCGCCUUCACUCCUCAGAGAUUUAAAACAGUGCUUGUUGCAGCUUGCGAAUCUCUACGCCGUUUCGUCAGCGAGAGGAGAGAGACAUUCGGAAUUCCUCCGAGAUAGAAUCGGAUUGUGCUACGUCCGAAAAUGCAGGAUGUCUAGCUCCGAUGAGCUGAAGAUCGCAUACGCUCCGAGAAGAAAUUUCAGCCUACGCGAUUUCCAUCACGCUGUUAAUAACUUACCUAGUGACGCCUUUUUGCCCGACAUGAAUGGCUUGGGGUCUACCUGCGAUGUUGAAUGGGCAAGAUUCUUAAGUCAUGAAGUUUUAUACUCGUGGGGAAAUAAAGACAUAGUAAGGAAAGUGAUUUUCAUUUCUUGCUUGAUAGGAAACAUCAGCCCUAUUACACGUAAGACUCUCAUGGAUGCAGCAGAAAAAUGUGUUUCAGUGGAGUUUUUAUUGUUGGAGCAAGAAUUAAACCUGCAAAAUGAUUUCUCCGAGAAAAUCAAGGAAUUUAUCAACGGCAUCUCUGAUGUAGAGAACUGCUCACUUCAAACCUGUCUUCCAGAUACAUGGUUCUUCUCCGGCUUGGUAAAACAGUGGCUACUGGAGCUGAAAGGGGACCUAGAGGAACCGCUACAGGCUGUAUUUUUCUUCAAGAACGAACUUGUAGGUUCUGCCAACCAGAUCUUCUGCAAUUUGUUUGCAUCUAUAAACCAGAUCAUUGAUGGGGUCAGCCCUUGUCAGACAUGCAGGUGUCAUGGCUUUCCCUUAGAGAUUGCUGUUGGAAAUAGGAUCAGUAGGACUUCUUGUCCAGUCACAUGUCAGGAUCUGGGGGUUCACGAUUUGGUUGAAAACACAGUCAAGGUCGGAGAACACACAAUCCUGUUUCUACCCUCCUUCUGUAGCUGUCCAAAGCUGCAGCCAGUUUCCACUCCUAUAGCUUUCAAUGUCAUUGAGCGCACCAACUUGGAUGCCCUUAGUGAAGGUGUUGUAAUUGGAACUUCCUACAUUGUCAUUCCAGCGAAUCAUGAGACGGAAACUACUUCUGAUGAAUAUGACAAGCCGGAAUUGAAUACUCAACGUACGUGGCUUUUUAAUUUUUUCCAAGGGCUUUGUCGAGCACUACAUUCAUUGGAUCAGGGUUUGGUCUGUUGUUCAAACUGUAAUAUGGAAACCAUGAAGGAGGCAACCUUCCAUUGCUUCUAUAUCCUUCAACCAUCAGACAAGGGGCUGAUGUUGCUCAGGAGGCUUGCCGGCUCAGAGGAGAUCUUGCCUGUUCAUGACGCAAUUCGAUCAAUCGAUGCUCCAGCUCCAGAGGAGAUAGAGUUUUGCAUUCAAACCUCUUUAUCAAAGAUGGACUUGAGAGACUACAACCCUCUAGAGCACGAGAGAGGCUUUCAUCCAAAGCUAAACUUGCUAGUAAAAGAGAGCUUACAAUUUGGGUCAAUACCAACAAAACAGAAGGAGAUAAUAUCUGAACAUGACUUAUCUGAGCUAGAGCCUUCAGAGAUCAUGUCAUUGAUAUCAUCAACAAAGGCAGGUUACAAAGGAGAAGAGGGACAACGGAAACUGACCCAGGCCACUGAAGGAGGUAAUACUACUGCUUGUAUGGCAGUGGAAUGGGAGCAACUCAUUGUCAAUAAAGUCCCCACCCCCACUUGUAUCUCCAAGCCCAAGGUGGAGAAAUCAGUUGUCACACCACCGGAUGGUAUUAAACCCUUGGAUGAGAAAACCUCAAAGAUCUUGGAAAGGCUGGAGGUUCCCCGGCAGCUGAAAACAAAGCUAUCUCCCUCUGUUGUCAUAGGCAGUGUGAGGGCAGAUGCAUGUGUGUCCAUGAAGAAGCCUCUGGUCCCCUUUCAGCCCAACCAUGUGACUGACUACAGUUCAACCUCAACCCAGCCAAUCAAACCUAAUUUCCAAAGGUUGAAGAGGAAGCAAGGAUAACUGGGAUAAUUGUUCCUCAUGAUAGUAAUGAUAAUGAUCCAAAAAGUGAAAAAAAAGGAAGAGAAAAGAAAUCUUUGUUAAGUAUGGGCAGGAUUUGCUGUUGGCAAGGGGUGUAUCUGAUUUUGCCACUGGGAACAUGCACAGAGAUCUGUUUUUGGAGAGGUUGAUGGGUGAUAACAGGUACUGCUUUUCUUCUAUCACAACCAAUUUUCUAACGUUCU